GAGCGUGAGCUUUUUCCAAUCAUAACCAAUCGUGUUUAGACCUGGAGCCAGAUGGCCUAAGAUGGCCGGUCUGGUAUCGCUUGCAGUCUUCGACAACAAAACGCAAAGUUUUUGCUAAAAGGUUAUCAAAAGUGAACAUUAAAAAAUUCGCCGUUGCGUCAAAUGUUAUACUGUAAUAGUUUCGUGUGAAUCCGCGACGACUAAAGACAGUGCAUUCAACAUGGCAACAGGGAACAAUCGUAAGGAAACUACGACGCAACUCAAAUCGGAUCACAUACCUAUUACAUCCACCAGUAACUUGCCUACGCCAAGCGUAAGUUACGCCACCGAAACCAUUCGAAAUGGUACUCCCAACCAUAUGUCACUAGCGACGAUGGUUAUGUUACGAGCCUAUGAACUGCAUAAAGACGACGAAGAAUUCAACUUUACGAUCACAAUGAACGAUUCAAAUGACAAACAUUUCGAUGACGUUAUAGUGCAUUACACAUCACCCCAACGCAAAGGAGCAUUGUUUAUAGAAGCGAAAGAUUUGUACCGAUCUGUUAACCAACAUAAACAAAGGAAGGAACAUGUUAUAACGCCGGAAGUCUUAUUUUCCACCAAAGCUGCUGACGAGCCAGAUUCAAUAUCGAAAUAUUUAAUCUCCUUUCUAAAUAUCGAUAAGCAAACUUCGGUUAAGGAACGUAUUAUUACACAGGAAGUCCUAACGACCACCACAGAUCCUGACGACAUCGUUUCCAAGUGUUUUAACUCCUUACAAAAAAUCGAUAAGCAACCUUCAGGUAACGGUGAUCGAUACGUUGUGUUCACUAAUUCGCGGCUCGAUCAUGCAGCUGAAAAAGCCUUCAACGUGCUGGUGCCAGAAAUUAAUGACAUUUUAUCGUUUGCUAGUACGAUGCACUCCAAAUGCUACCAACUUGAUCGAAACAAAUCAGAAAAUCUCCACACAAAACUUUACAACAUGUGCUUGGAAAUGCUAGGACAGCUAAUGGCUUCACAUAUUUACCAUCGCAAGUUAAUCACGCACGAAAAUGUACUUUUUACAAUGUAUGAAAAUUUGAUCAAAAGAUGUGUAGAGCAUGAUUGCGACAAACCGUGCUACCAUUUUACAAAUAACUUUCAGCGUGAUUUGGCUUACGGUUAUAGUAUAUCUACGGUGACAAUAUUUCGACACUCGUUAGAAUCGGCAUAUGAAAAGCUGACGAAUGGGAAUCGUGAUUUGUAUAAAGAUGUGGAAAUAACGAUUGAGAAAACAUUUUUUAAACUCCCCUCAACUACAUCCAUACAUUCUCGUCUGAUACAUGAUCGUUUAACCGACUUUCGCAAAAAGUUCGUACUUGUAUGCUGUCCAACUAGUGCAGAUACAUUAUACACUAAAAUAUUGUGCGAAAUUAGCAAAGCGUUGCCCAAAACGGACGAGAAGUCCAUUUUUAAAGAGCUCCAAGAUAUGCUGACGGAUGCAGUGAAGCACACGACACCAAUCGAUCCACAAUGUGUUCAAAAUGCGUUUACUACUGCAAUGCUGGACAAGAACAUGCUAAAGAUCGCAACUAGGGAAUAUUUGAAAUCACUUAAUGAUCAUUGUUCUUUAUUUAUGAUCAAGCGCGAAUGUUUGAAAAGCACAAGACUAUACACCAGCCUCAAUUAUGAUAAGUCGAGCAAAAUAUUACACUACCGAGGUUCUAGUGAUACAAUGAUCAAUAGGACGAUCGUAGUGAAGACUGUAGCGAUUUUACCAUCCUGUAAGGCUGUAUUUGUCGGCCACAUUAGUCCAGAGAUCAUUCAACACCUUGAACAAAUACUUAUAAAUCCCACCGAUGAAUCUAAGACUGCACGAAUUGUUAUAACUAUAGCCGUCCAAUUAGACAAUGCCACACUUGAACGCAUGAGCUUGCUAAUGGCGUCUAACUGUGCGCAUGGGAAGCGUCUCACCACCGUCAAAAUCAUUUUAUUGGAAAAUUCAACAACAUAUUAUGACGACCCGAUCCUCGUACGUGAUCUCACAAUCAAUUUACGACGGGAAUUGUUCAAACGAUAUGAAGCACUACCGCUGUUUGGAACUCAGACAUCGCUCGGUACAAUGGUUUUGCCAACUGAUUGUUUGGCACACUUAAAGCAUGUACUUAACAUACAGAACGACAAGAAUAAUGUCAACAUCUGCAAACUAAGGUAUGAAAAAAUUAAAUCCUGGUAUAUUCAUCGCACUAUUUGCCGUAGUCAAACUAUUCGCCCAUACUGUAAAGAAAAAUUGUCAACACCCAAUUUCUUGAGCGCCAUAUAUCUACGUAUGAACGCAGAGUACUACAAAUUGGGCUCUUGUUCAUUUACCCAAUUAGAUUCAUUGUAUCGAUUCGAGUGUAGAUAUACAAUGGAAAACACUUUACUAACAAACGACACUUCGAAGCGAGCGAUGGACAGUUGUUAUGAUCUGCGGAAUAAGAGGGAAAAAGUGAAAAUUUUGCUCGAUGAAUCGGGAGCAGGCAAGACAGCAUACUUUAUCUGGCUCGCCUGGCGUAUACAAACGCAAGAUCCAUUGCUGUAUGUGAUUCACUUUAAUGCAGCAAAACAUAGCUCCGCUCUACGGUGGAUUUCGUUGAACCGUUCCAGUACGAUCGAUACUGAGCUUAUAAGAACACUGUUCAAGGUGUUCCUUCUGGCACGUACCGUCCGAAACAUGGGUUCGGACCACUUGUUCACUUUGUCGCUUGAUAUGAGCCAUGCGGAAAGGAGGGAAACAGAUCGUUUAGCGGCUGUGUUUACCUUUGCUGAAGGAAUGGUGGUACUGGAUGAGAUCAUGGCGAACUGUAUGAAACUCACGUCAAUCCAACUAAGCGAGAUACGGCUUUUCCGGGAAAAGCUUAACCGUAAGCAAGUAGUCUUCAUGUUAGAUGGAAUAGACGAGGUACAGCCCACCGACAGAACUUCGGUGCUACAAUUUGCCGAACGUUUGUCACAUUUUGAUGGCGUUCGGGAAUUAUACCUUUCGAAAAGUCAACAAUUUCCAACAAGCGAGAUUACCCUCUUUGCGAAUGUUGAAAUAUAUAAACUAGAACCGUUUACCGGUGUUGAUGCCGUAUUGCUACUACAUCGUUUGCUACUCAAUCGGUUGGAUGCAUAUCGUCAAUGUGGUAGGGAGCAACAAAUGCAGCUAGUACCUUUUCUAUAUUGCUCCAUAGCGAAUACAUUGGGGCAUUGUCACAAUGUGCCACUGUUACUGUACAUGGCAUUUAUUCUCCAUCUUCCGGCGAUAGAACGAUCGGUAGACUUUAAGGGUCAGCGCGUGCAUGGAGGCAUACAUUUGUUCUCAGAAAAGAUUGACUCCAAUCAGCUGAUCGCAACAUUUGUCGAUAAAAAGCUUGCCGUAAGCGCAAUGUCAUUUUUGACAGGUAGGGCAACUACUAACAAGCAUAGCAUGACAAGCAUACUGAAACGUCAACAUGCUUUGUUCGGAUUCUGCACUGUGUUUGAUAAACAGUACACAUAUCGCCUGUUGACCGAUUAUGAACGGAACCAUACAGCGUACCUCACGCAGUAUAUUAACGUAGACAUAAUGAAGGCUGGCUUCGUAACAGCGAAUCACGAUGGUAUGCCAAUGUUUAGCAAACGUAUAUAUGCAGAAUAUUUUGCUGCCUGUUGGUUGUUCGAAAACAGAUCACGCCUUGGUUACAAACACCACGUUAUGUUGCUAGCGAACAUGUUUGCAGAUGAAAGAUUUACAACGAUUCGUAACAUUUUCAACCGAAAAACGAUUGAAGGCUGUGAAGGGACCUAUUUUCACAGUCUAUUGUGUAAUGAUUCGCUCCAACACUAUACCAUUUUUGAUGCAAUCGGGCGUAAUAAAGUAGAGCAUGUCCAUGGUAAAGACGCUACUGCACGAACGCUGCUGCACUGGUUGUCGUCGAUUCUUUCAAAACCCGAUUCUUAUGCUGAGCGUAAUGUAGAAACCAUAUGCGAAAGAAUGUUAGCAACAGCGCCAACACAACAAAUUGAUGCAAAAGACGAACUGUUCGGUUGGAGCGCGUUGGAUUAUGCUUUUUUCAACGAACAAUUCGAUGUUAUGCGUGUUUUAUUAAAAUUCGGAACAAAAGUUAACAUCGACGUUUGGUUGCACCAGUUGCGCACGUACGAUUUAGUGGAGCUAUUGAAUCGAAUGGAUAACCUGGAGAAUUAUCUAGUAAAGAUAACAUACGAUAGUAGAAUCAUUCAGGACAGCGUACUUGCCCGGCAUGUUUUAAGUGCAGUUAGUAGUGGUGUAGUAAAGCACAUACUUUACGAGAAGGAUAUUGACAUCGGCAGGCCGCUGGCAGAACUGGACUGUUUGACCGUAUUGGAGUACUGUGCAAUGCGAGAUCUUUUCAGUCUGUUUGAACAUUUUAUUUCGAUCACCGAUACAUCGGAACAAACUCUUGCCGAUGUUGGCCAACGUCUAUUGGAACUAUCAAUCGAGCACGGUGCGUAUAGAGUAGCAAUGUAUCUCAUGAAACAGUCUGACUCCCAAUGGCAUCACGUGAAUUUACCUAAUAUAUUCAAAAUGGAUUCCGUCUUGUUAUUUGCGAUGGAGCUUAAGAGCAUGAAAUUGUUUCGGUUCUUUUUCAAUAAACUAUGCGAACAGCACAAAUACCCUUGUAUAAAGGAGGAGGACAUUGUUGUAGAAUCGUGCAAAGCUACUAUCGCUUCAGACCUGUCAACUCAUCGAAGUUUAUAUAAAGACUUAUGCUUAUAUGAAGACGAUAGCUGGUGCUUUGUUCACAUAAUUGAAGUACUUCUUGCCACAGCGUUAUACCAGACAAAGUUUCAUAUAAUCAGCUAUAUUGUUCAGAAAAUUAAACUAUCCAUUUCUAGCCGGCUUGUUGCGAAAUUGAUGCGAUCAAAGCUAGAAACAAGAGUACUGCCCGAAGCGUCAUGGUCCAUACUCAACUAUCUGCUUUGUAGAACAAAUGAUUUGCACAGUGUUGAUGACAAAGGAAAUACUUUAUUCGACUAUGCCAUCAGGUGUGAAUGUGUCGUCAUGAUACAAUGUUUGCUCGUCAGGGGGUUGGACCCAAAAAAGCAUUACGCAUUUCACAAACUUGCUUGGACGGAUAACGAACAACGUGCGAUCGAUAUAUUUCAACAGUUGCUACCAUACUGCUCCAUCCAUGACUGUUAUGCUCCGGAUGAGAAUGGCUACAAUGUGUGCGAAAAUGCUAUACUGAGCAAAAAUUUCAGAAUAGCAAGAAUGGUGAUCCAUAAGAAAGCUUACUACGCCGCAACGGAAGAUCGAGUGUCUGUAGUGCUUAAUAGCUUUAUGGGGUUGUUGAAAAAACGAAAAUUUGAACCAAUUUUUGAUUUUUUUACAUCCUCAUACGAACAUGCAGAUGAUGGUUGGAAGGAUGUAUAUGCAGUUAUUCGCCGUCAAGUACCGAUUGUAUAAGAUGCACUAAUUAAACUGAAAUUUCAAGAAACGUAACUACAUGGAUGAACGAAAUGAGGUAUGUAAGAAACAGGCGAGCUAAUUACUAAGAGAUGUAACGUGUAUUAAAGCUAUUGUUUAAAAUUAUUAUUAACAAUACGUGCGCUAUUAAAGGUUACAAAACAUCAACUAACAAAACCGCUUUCGAAGCAUUUCACUGUUAUUUACACAUUUCUAAUGCGAUGCUUUUUACAUAGAGCAUACGUUGCUGGACGUUCGGUUCUUAAAAGUUAGCCGCUUAAAUAAACGUUUAACAUAAUCAA